AUUAUCUCUUCUUCCUGAUAUUUUCAUUAGGGGUUAUCCUUCUCUCUCGUUUCUCAGUAUAGUAAAAUGGCUGCUGAAGUAGAAUACAGUUGCUUCGUUGGUGGGCUCGCAUGGGCUACCACCGAUAAAACCUUAGCUGAUGCUUUCGGUACAUAUGGCGAAGUUCUCGACUCGAAGAUCAUUAAUGACAGAGAAACUGGCAGAUCUAGAGGAUUUGGCUUUGUUACUUUUAAGGAUGAGAAAUGCAUGAGGGAUGCAAUCGAAGGGAUGAACGGUCAGGAACUUGACGGCCGUAACAUUACCGUUAACGAAGCACAGGCUCGUGGAAGUGGAGGAGGCGGCGGUGGUGGUUACGGAGGUGGCCGACGUGAAGGAGGCGGCGGCGGCUACGGAGGUGGCCGACGUGAGGGAGGCGGCGGUGGUUACGGAGGUGGCCGACGUGAAGGAGGAGGCGGUGGUUACGGAGGUGGCAAUUAUGGCGGUGGUGGACGUUAUUAGAUUCAAUGUAGUUAA